AUGUCUCCGCUGCCCGGCCCGCAGCACCAGCACGCUCACGGCCGCGCUUUGCUGAUCGGUGACUUUUGGGAGAAGCUGGCCGGCGCGAGCAUUGCGCUCACCACCGCCGUCUCCCUGUGCACUCGCGGCGGCUUUGACCUCGUCGAGCCGAGCGUCUUCUCCAGUGAACUUGUCGACCCGGAGGCGCCCAAGGCGCUGCCCCUCUCCACCUACUUUGAACGGGAGCCCAUCGCCGCAGCCCUCGCGCCAAGGGCGCUAAUCUCGGCCGCAGAAUGGCACGCACGUGUCAUCGCCACCCCGAUGCAGCAGCGGGCCGCCGUUUUAAUCAUAUGGUCUGACUUUCCGCGCGAGUGCCGCGCCGCGGUCGAGAACCGGACCGGGCUUGUGCGUUGUCCGACGAGCUGCACGGCGCGCGCACGGCGGGAGCUCCAGGCUGCCUUCACGCGGCUAGGCCGAGGCUGGCCGCUGGCGUGCCUCGCCGGGGCGGCGCUGCGCAGAUCGCAGCGACUGGCCGUGCUCCAGCGCUACCGCCGCGUCGUCUUGCUGAACUUGCGGAGGCACGACGACGCCACGCCUCUGGUUUCGGGCGCAGUGGCUCGCCGCGACAGCAUCAUGCAGCCGUCUGGAGCAAUCAUCCACGCCGCGAGACGUUUCCUCGCCUCUCACGGCUUGGCCUUUGGCACCUUCGACGCCGUGCAGCUCCGCUCAAACCACGUGGCGCACGAGCUGUAUGCUGUCUCCUCUGCGGGCUGCCCCAAGCGGCUCGCGUCCUGCCUCGAACAGCUGACGGCCGUCGCCUCGCGGAGCACGGUGAUUGCGUCCGACAUCGCGACUUUGCUCCACUCCCACCAGGACGGGGAGACGCACCGGCGGCACGCCUACAUGCGUCACUGCCUCCUGCCGGCGGCACCGAUGGUGCUGCGCUGGUAUCGGGCGAGCGGGAUCGCAUUCAACGCUUCCGACCUGCUGCUCGGCGCGGGCGGCGCUGAUGCGGGCGCCCUGGGCAUGGUCGACUUGGUCCUCGCCAGCGAGGCGCGCGCUCUCACCGCAGUGGAUGUGCGUCGGCCUUGGCCGAGCGCGUUCCUCGAAUGGAUUGUGCGGCGGCGGCGGAGGCGCCCAAAAAGCCGCAUCGUCUCGAUGGCGGCGAGCCGUACCUCCCUGGUGCGGUGUGGACCACGGCUCGAGAGGGGUGCCGGGUCGGGCACCGGCGCGGCCAACCCGUAA